AUGCGGGCGAGCGACGAUCCUGUUUCCGAAGCUUCUGCGUCAGCUGAUUUGAAGCUCGAGAAUGAACGCUUGCGAAAAAUGGUGGAGGACUUGCGAGCGCAGGGGACGGAAUCAGGAAUCCCGCCACCUCCGCCGCCGGGCGCACCGCCGUUUCCUUCGAGCCACGCGGAACCUGUGUCACAGAACAACGCCGUGAUGACUGCUUUCCGUGCGUUCGCACAAGACAGCAACGUGGAUGGUCCGCUUUCGUUGACAGCAGUUCAGCAAGCGUCACAGCCCAACAAUCCGGAGAUGGCAUCGAAGAUUUUUUCACCCACGCUGGCGAUUGAGUUCCCGCAAGGUGCAGCCGUGCGGUUCACAGAAGAUGCCGUGCCUUCCUCAUUGCGGGGUCUGCGAGGCGAAAUCCUUGAACGCAUGACGGAUGGAACUGCUCGUGUGCGGUUAAAUGGUGGAGCAAUCGUUCAUUCAGUUCGCGAUGCAUUUCUUCUUCCAGACAUGCGCCAGGGACCGCAACCAGCUUCACCCGAUCGACAACAUUACGUGAACCCCUUGUUGGACGACACGCAGUUGAAAGCACAGGCUUCCAAAGUGCAUAAUGCUUUGGAAUCAUGGUCAAAGCAGUCGUCCAGCGUGCCACAUUGGCCGCGACUGUUUUGGGAAGGCGUGGUGCAAAUGCAGAGCAACGAGCCGCUUCAUCGAGAUUUGCUGCGUGUACUGCAAGCUCACGGUUAUGUGGGAGAUGCGACGAUAUCUGCGCCGCGGACGGAUGCUUUGUUGAAGCAGUUGAAAGAUCUUGGGACUCCCGCGCCGACUGCCGGGUCAGCCGUCGAGUUUUUCUCAGGGCAAAGGAUCACGCCAACAGCUGCUGGACUUGGUGACAUUUCAAGCUGGCACAGCAAGCUUCCAAGUGAUCAUCAGUACGCAGGGCCGGAAAUAUACAGGUCAGUACUGGCAUCGGGCGUGCGGUGUAUGCGGGACUACGUGAACCAGUUUUUCCCAAUCGAUGCUCGCGCGCACAGCAAUGAGUACCUUGAUUUAUUUACACAAGCAUCCACCAUCGAUUUCGCGUUGGCCAAAGCAGCUUCAGAUGACGAAAUUUUGGAAACCCUGGGAACCAAUGACCAGCUAGAGAUUUCACUCCGACGAAUUGCUGCGUACGUUCACAAGAAAAGAACUGGCGAUGCGGAUGCCGCAAUGCGCAUUCUGGCAGUGCAGCCCCCCGGGUCAGGCACUGACAUUGCCCCUCAUUGGCUUGUUACCGAGGCAUCGGCUUACAGUCAAGCCGAAUACAAGCGACGUGAAAGGGCAAGAGCUCAAAAGGGGCCUGGCGCGAAAGGGGCUGACAAAGGAGCUGGAAAAGGCAAGGGCCGGGGUGGCGCAAAGAGCCACCCGAAGGCUAAAGCAGACAAAGUCCCACAUGUGCCGGGUUGA